GCGGGCGCCGGGCCCCCAGGAGGGGCGACAGGCAUCGGGCCCCCAGGCGGAGCGACAGGCAUCGGGCUCCCAGGCGGAGCGACAGGCAUCAGGCCCCCCCGGGGGGCGGCGGGCGCCGGGCCCCCAGGCGGAGCGGCGGGCGCCGGGCCCCCAGGCGGGGCGACAGGCAUCGGGCCCCCAGGCGGAGCGGCGGGCAUCGGGCCCCCAGGCUGGGUGGCAGGCGCCGGGCCCCCAGGCGGAGCGGCGGGCACCGGGUCAUCAGGCACGACAACGGGCAUCGGGUCACCAGGCAUCAGGUCAUUUGGCUCGCCAGCGGGCACCGCGUCAUCUAACAAGGCAGUGGGCACCGAGUCACCAGGCACGACAGUGGGUUCCGAGUCAACUGGCAUGACCACGGGCACUGGGUCAGACAUUGGAUCAUCUGGCUCGACAGCGGGCAUCGGGUCACCAGGCAUCAGGCAUCAGGCUGGGUGGAGGCAUCAGGCUGAAUGGAGGCAUCAGGCUGAAUGGAGGCAUCAGGCUGAAUGGAGGCAUCAGGCUGGGUAGAGGCAUC